AACUCAGACAUUUUGUGACGUCACAAAAAAUUAGUUGAAAGGCUGACGACAUCUCUUCUACAUUUCGAAAUAAAAAUGGUUUUAUUCAUUUAUUCUUAGUGUUUCUACGUUUCAUUGUGGUUUUGAACAAUUGUAGACGCUAAAUUUCAAAAGUGUUGUGUAAAUUCCGCUCGGUGCGAUGGGAUUUUAUUAAUUUUGAGACGACGAGUGAUGAAGGCAAAAGAAAAUGGCUACCUUCGAACGCAUGUUGUUAUCGAGGAAACAUGUAGUUAUAUGUGAUAAAUACAAUGUUAUCCGUAAAAUUGGAGGUGGAUCCUUUGGGGAUAUCUUCUUAGCAAUAAACACAAUCGAUGGAGAGGAGGUAGCGGUAAAGGUUGAGUCGAUAAAGGCGAGACACCCACAGCUUCUCUAUGAGAGUCGCGUAUAUAAGAUGCUCCAAGGGGGCAUCGGAAUACCCCACAUAAGAUGGUACGGCUACGAGAAGGACCACAACAUCCUGGUCAUGGACCUGCUGGGGCCCUCGCUCGAGGACCUCUUCAACUUCUGCUCGCGCCAGUUUACCAUCAAGACGGUGCUCAUGUUGGCAGACCAAAUGCUGGGCCGCGUGGAGUUCAUCCACUGCAAGUGCUUCAUCCACCGCGACAUCAAGCCGGACAACUUCCUCAUGGGCAUCGGCCGGCACUGCAACAAGCUGUACAUGAUCGACUUCGGACUGGCUAAGAAGUUUAGGGACAUGCGCACCAGGGCUCACAUAUCGUACCGCGAGGACAAGAAUCUUACCGGCACGGCGCGCUACGCGUCCAUCAACGCGCACCUCGGCAUCGAGCAGUCGCGGCGGGACGACAUGGAGUCGCUCGGCUAUGUACUUAUGUACUUUAACAGAGGAUCCCUCCCGUGGCAGGGGCUGAAGGCCAUCACCAAGAAGCAGAAGUACGAGCGCAUCAGCGAGAAGAAGAUGUCCACGCCCGUCGAGGUGCUGUGCAAGGGAUUCCCGGCAGAGUUCGCCAUGUAUCUGAACUACACGCGCGGACUCACCUUCGACGAGUCGCCCGACUACAUGUAUCUGAGACAGCUGUUCCGCAUCCUGUUCCGCACGAUGAACUACCAGUACGACUACACGUACGACUGGACGAUCCUGCGGCAGCGCAAGCAGCACAUGGAGGUGGCGGCCGCCAGCAACGACCGCCGCUCGCCGUCGCUGCAGCGCCGCGCGCAGCCCGCGCCGCAGCCGCCGCCCAACAACGAGUGAAAGAGGUCGCGGCGCGCGGCCGGGCCGGGCGCGCCGUCCUGCAAGCGGGCUCGAUGAUGCCCCCCGCCUCAGCCGCACUCCACUCACUCAAGUGACUCACGAACAUUACGUCUAUACUAAACUCUCGGCAACGGUGACUAGUAGCGUCCAGCGGAACGAAGUGCGGCCCAAGUUGAUGCGAUUCAUAAGUAGUUACUGCACGGUAACGACGAUUCUUACAUGUUGAAAUUAACGUUUUAAUUUUAACACUACAUGUACGGAAAUGAAUAUUGUUCUCAAUGUUUAGUUUUUAUUUUUUUCUAUGUUUAGUUUUUCGUCCUAAUUAGCUAGUUUACAUUGAAUUAAACAGAUAUAUUAUUGUGUAAUGAAUAAUGAUAGUCUCACAGGUUUCAGCGGUUUUCUUGUAAAUAGCGUAGGAAAUAAUGGCUGGAAUAUCGACUCUGGCGCGGUACGGCGGACGUAUCGCGGCGGAACGUUCAUUAAAUUACUGAUUAACUAAUUUAAAUAGGUUUCUGUAUUAAAAAAGACAAAAAUUCGAAAAAAAAUAUUACGUUGGUAAGAAAUUGAUGUCAGUUGCUUCGGUGAUCCCCGAUGGCGUCGGGAGUAGAGUAUAAAGUAUAACAUAUUAAUAACCUAGGUUUAUUUUGUUUAGUUCUCAACCCAUAAUUUUUGGCGGCAAAUUAUAAAAUUGUACAUAACGUAAGUGGCCGCGGAGGUCUCCGGAGCAACUUGGUACAUGUAUGUAUCGUAUAUUUUAAAAUACAGCAAAAGUAAUUGUAAAUAUGAGACAGUCUUCAUUUUAACUGUUAUUUUUUUAAGAACACGCUAAUACUUGGUUUAUCCGAAAAUGGCGAGUGCUUGUGACUCUUGGCUAUGUAUUAAUGUUUAUUAUUAAAUGUACUAUUUAAUGAUGUAACUAUAGUAGUCGUAUUUUAGAGACUAAUGUAAGCACUGCCCCUGAAACGGCGGAGUUUCGGACUCGUGCGCGAAAUAAUAUAUUAACGAGAAUUGAAGUAAAGGCUAGUUAGCGCCAAGGAUGGCCGCAAUAUCAUCGCCUUAUAAAAUCAUUAACUUCCAAUAAUAUUUAAAGUAUCACAAGCUCUCGUCUCUAGUAAUAAGAGUCACCUAAGUUUAUGGAAAACGUUAAUUAUAAAACCCUCUUAGGCCGGUGUUUAGCGAGGCAUAAUUGACGGGUUAGGACUGUCAAACCUUUUUAAUCAAGGAGACAUGAUUCUAACCGGAUGGUCAAUAUCAAUAACCACAGGCUUGCGUCUCGAUCUACUCGAGGCUUAUCAGGUUUCUAAAUAAAUGGUAAAAUGAUUGAAUACAGUUCUUAUUUGCUUGACAUAAACCUUUCAGCUGACUGUAUGGCUAUAAAUAACGUUGCUUUGGAUAUAUGACAAUUUGUUUUUCAAAUUACUUGUCCAGAAAUUACCAUUCUUGAACGAAUAUCUACGAUCGUUUUCCAUAAACUUAGCGUCAUUAACUGUAAGAAAAUGCGAAGAAUGUAAUAUAGAUCUUGAGUGGUUGCAAGAGUGUAUCAAGUGCAGACAAAAUAACAUUUAAAAGCACAUUUAUUUGACAUGGAAUUUGCAGAAUAAGAUUCUUUACAGUUUGCAGGCGUAAAAGAGUUAAAGAUUUUUCUCAUUUAUUGCCUUACAACUGUCUCGCAGCGAUGAUGAAAAUAAACUUAUUUGAAAAUACUUUAUGAAACAGAUUUCUCAAUAUUCCUAUUUGUAAAUGAAACUUGCAAAUGUAUGAUGAUUAACUUUUCGUUCUUUUGUAUCGGAAAUAGCCGGACAAGCUUUUAAUAACCAAGCGAAACUGUUAUUUUGUCUGCAAUUGAGUGAGUAUAUCUAAUGUACUGCACUUAAUAUAAAUUAAUAAAUAAUAUUAAACGAU